CUCUCUCCUUUUCACAUCCCUCCCACUGAAAACUGCUUCCUGUUCUGACUUGUUCUACCUGUAUCCACCAGGAAGGCAACUUAGCAAAAUGUUUUGGACUGCAUUCCACAUACUCUGAAGCUCUCUGUCAAUUUUGGCAGUAAGUGCUAGAGCAAAAAUGUAGUAGAGGAUUUACACAUUUCUUUGUAUGAAUAAAGCAGUAACGAUACCAAGAUGAACUGAAAGCAGAGAGACAGCUUCACUCUGAUAGAUAAAUACAACCAUGGUAAAUUCAAGAUAUCUUCCUGGACCAAGAGACAGUACCCAGAGCAAAGGAGUACGUGAAUCCAAUAAGAUGCUGUAGCAUGAAUAGAAGUAAAAGGUCCUUUGGAAUUCAACCUAUCUAGACUGGAUUUGAGGAUGUUAAUCAAAGUUUGCUGAAAAAAUAACAAUGUGGAAAAAAGCUGGAGUCAAGUGAACAGAACAGAAAACAUGAAAGGGGAGAAAUGAAUCUGAACAGCUGUGGAGGUGGUCUCCCCUUCCUGCACAGGGAAGCCAGUUAUCGCCGACAGCAGAGAGGUGUAAUAGACGUGGAUCUUCAAAGUAGGAGUCAGAACUUUUAGGAAACAUUAAGGCUACUCAGAAGGUCAGUGGAAAGACCAGCACUUCUAAGACCCCCAAGGGAACCAGCAUGUAGGAAUUUAAGGACGAGGAACAGAAGUCUGAGCUCCGAGGUACUGAAAUCCAGGAAGUGCUCUUUGAACAUCUUCAGCAAGGUUAGCAACUAAGAAUUUUCAACAUGUUCCGUAAGAAGAAAAAGAAACGAAUACAGAUUUCAGCGCCGGUGAAUUUUGAACACCGUGUCCACACAUCAUAUGAUGCAAAAGAAGGAAAGUUUGUGGGCCUUCCUCCCCAGUGGCAGAGUAUCAUUGAGGCUCUCAAGCGCCCGAGACCACUUGUCGACCCUUCCAGGAUUACCCAGGUGGAUUUGCAGCCUAUGAAGAACAUAGUGAGGGGAAGUGUAAUAGAACGGGAUGGUUACAUUGAGGGACUCCUGUCUGAUAUUAAGAAGCUGUCUGUUUCAAGUUCCAACAACCUGAGGAGAACAAGCCCACCAUCGCGGAGGAGGGCUCAGUCACUUGGUCGAAUUGAAGAAGACAAGUCUGCUGAUGCAUAUAUUCAUAUUCCAAUGCCGGACUCCUUUAUGGGUCAAGAACCCAACAAUAGAACUGGAAGCACAUCACCAGAGUAUAAAACCCAAAUUAAUGGUUCUUUACUGCCUAAUGGAGCAAUUGGAAUGUCUAAGUCUCCAACUGAGACAUUACUAGCAGAUAAUGAAAAAUCCCGUCAGUGUUCUAAUAGACAAAGGCAAGAAUUUGGUAACAUGUCUGUGGAUAAUCUUAAUUUUCUCAGACAUAAUUCUCCUACUGCCCUGCCAAAAGAGCAACUUGGGAACAGAAAUAUCGAUAACCAGAGACCUGUAUCCUGCUUUGUAAAGAUGGAGGAGAAUCCCAUGCCUUCCAAAGUACAGCAGACCAAUCCAAAUAUCUCUGAAGGAAGUACAACUCAAAAUCAAUUACAAAAACCUCAUAAUCCUUUAAGAACUGCAAUCAGUCUAGCAGGGCCUACAUCCACUUACAUAAUUACGGCAAAUCCGUCUUUACAACAGUAUCAACAUAUUACUCCUGAUGAGCACAUCGGUGGAGCUCGGACUGUCCCCCCAAAACUGCCUGGGCAGGCUCUUAAAGGAGAACUGUCACUUGAUCUAAGUAAUAAAAACUCUGGGACUGGCACAACACCAACAACAACAGCCAAGACACCAGUUAAUGUAAACCAGAACUCACCUUCCCAGACAAGACCCUCUCCAGCAGGCUCUCCGAGGAACAGACCACCACAGGCAAGUUCCCCUCACCUACGGCAGAAUCUACCCAACUCUGCAAAAACAAGUCCAACAGAACCAGAAUCUACUCCUGUAACACAUGAACAGUUCAAAGCAGCACUCAGAAUGGUGGUUGAUCAAGGUGAUCCUAGGACCUACCUUGAGAACUUUGUAAAAAUUGGAGAAGGUUCCACGGGUAUUGUCUGCAUAGCCAGGGAAAAGCACUCUGGCAGACAAGUGGCUGUAAAAAUGAUGGACCUUUACAAACAGCAGAGAAGAGAAUUGCUCUUCAAUGAGGUGGUUAUAAUGAGAGAUUACCAUCAUCCAAAUGUUGUAGAGAUGUACAAGAGUUACCUAGUAAUGGAAGAACUGUGGGUGGUGAUGGAGUUCCUACAGGGCGGCGCUCUCACAGAUAUUGUAUCAAACACCAGGUUGAAUGAAGAACAGAUUGCUACAGUUUGUGAGUCAGUGCUGCAAGCCUUGGCCUACCUGCACUCCCAAGGUGUCAUCCACAGAGAUAUUAAGAGUGACUCCAUUCUCCUCACAUUGGAUGGACAGGUUAAGCUCUCAGACUUUGGCUUCUGUGCCCAGAUCAGCAAGGAUGUUCCGAAAAGGAAGUCACUGGUGGGGACGCCUUACUGGAUGGCACCAGAAGUGAUCUCAAGGUUACCAUAUGGGACAGAGGUUGAUAUCUGGUCUUUGGGAAUUAUGGUGAUCGAAAUGGUGGAGGGGGAGCCGCCUUACUUCAGUGACGCUCCAGUACAAGCUAUGAAAAGGCUGCGUGACUACCCACCACCAACCCUGAAGAACACACAUAAAGCUUCUCCUAUUUUGCGGGAUUUUCUGGAACGCAUGCUAACUCGGGAACCCCUACAACGUGCCACAGCAACUGAGCUUCUUGACCAUCCAUUCAUGCUUCAGGUUGGUCUUCCAGAGUGUCUUGUUCCAUUGAUUAGGAAGUACCGCAAGCAUGUCUUGACAAGCUGAGCUGACCAAGGCAACAGACUGGGCUGUACCAUUUCCUUUUCAGUUCAAGAGUGCUCAGAAAUGUUCUUGUCUUGACAAGCUAGGCAAAACAAAAGGACAACAACUACUAUUUUCUUUUGCUUUGACUGCUGUUGUUUGGAAACACUGGAAACUGGAAAGGAUCUGUUUGGUAUUGCUCCUUCCACACUACUGAACUGUAGACAAAGCACCUUGUAAAUUGGGCUACAUUGUGGAGUCUAAAUUGUGUAGUAUUUUGUGAGCAUUAUACUGUGAUGUUUUUACAAGCAUGUGACAUCCUGGUUCUCUCCUCUCCUUAGGAUGCUGUAACAAUGUAUUAAUAGUUUUCUGAUGUCCAGUAAUAAGAGGAAUAUAUUUGUUUUGUAAAUUAUUGUACAGAUAGUACCUCAUUUAGACAGUACACUUGAAUGUAUGUCAGGGCCAGAAAUGUGUACAUGAAUUUCCUGUUCUCAACUCUUGGCAUGGCACAUAAACAGUUCUAUUUUCUACCAGCCUGGAAUACACCAUGUUUGUUUAAAGGUCCUGAUAAGAGGUUUUGAGCUUGUAAAAUAAGCCAGUUCUUCAUUCCAGUCACUGGUGUCAAAGACUCAGAUUGAUGAAAGAGAUGCCAUUACCUUUCCAUCUCCUAGUGAGUAUUUCAUUUUUACAACAAAUUAAAAGGGUGCAAGCUGCACUUUGCAGCAAAACACAGUGUAGCAAUACUGGAUCCAGCUGACACCCAAAUGGCCGCAAACUAGUACUGUAUUGUAAUUGCAGGGACUGUGCGACAUGGUGCUAAGUCAUGGUAUGUCAGGUAAUCAGGUAAUUGCAAUUUGUUCUAAGAUAGCAGAGGGCACCAAAGGUCACAUGACAUGGAAACAAAACUAAGAAUAUGGUGAGUUUAAAAGUUCAUCAGUGCUCUCUGCAAGUAUCCAUGUUAAAGCCAUUCUAUUUCUGUUUCCUGCACUUCGAUUUCGGAGUUUUAGCAGUUUAUUUUGUAUGUUAAUGUUGCAAUGGAGUACAUAUUUGUCAAUAUAAUUAUAAAUAUAUAAUUAUAUAUUUAAAAUAAACCAUGCACAAUUAAAGGAAA